AUGACAACACCACAACUAACAAUAAAGGAAAAGAAGAAUAAGGAAGACAGACCUUACAAGUGCACAUUUUGUGACAAGGCAUUUCAUCGUUUAGAACAUCAAACAAGACAUAUUAGAACCCACACUGGAGAAAAACCUCAUGCUUGUACAUUUCCUGGGUGUACCAAACGUUUUAGUAGAUCAGAUGAGUUAACUAGACACUUGAGGAUACACAACAACCCAUCAUCAAGAAAAAGAAAGAGCAAGAAUGAUGACAAUAGCAACCUCAAUAUGGUGCAACCUAUUCCUAUUAGUGUACACCCUGACCAUUCACAAAAAGUGCAACCACAUCCGCUUGCAAUGAGCCAUUAUCCUGCCGGUGUUCCUCAUCCACCUGUAUCGGUUUCAGUUGAUAGUAACGGUAAUACGAUUUAUCAUCAACCAUAUCCCGUGUAUAUAGUACCCCAUGCUAAUGGGUAUAUGCAGCCAGUGGUACCCCAUCCACAAACACAAACACAACCAGUGAAUCCGUCACAGCAACAGCCGCAGCAACAGCAACAGCCGCAGCAACACUUUCAAUUAACUCCCGAGUCAUCAGUUUCUCCAGCACUGGCUCUACAUCAUCAACAACAACAGCAACAACAACAGCAACAACAACAGCAACAACAACAACAGCAACAACAACAGCAACAACAACAACACGUGAGCAGAGAACCCACACCAUUGAGUAAAGUAUCCAUUCGUGAACCCAUACCUUCACAUUAUCAACAACAAGGAUCUGCUAUAUUUUCAAUCCCAUCUUCACCAACCAACAUGCAAAAUAACGGGACAGGGUAUCCACAAAAAGUCGGUACCAAUACGCAGGACAAUAACUCAAGCAUGCACCAGUUCCAUCAUCACCAUCACCACAAUCAACGUCCCGCUUUAAGUUCGCGAACAAUAUCAUCUGAUGCUAUAAGGUCAUACAACUUGAGUCAUAGCAGUAAUCCGGUGAAUGUAUCACCCCCAUUCCCACAACGUCAUUACCAACACCAGCAUCAACAUCAACAACAACACUUUAGCAAUAAUCCAAAUCUACUGAAGUCACAAUCUUCUUCCAGCAUACUAUCGGAAAACCAACGAGUGUUUAGUAAUCCUGAGUCUUCGAUACAAUCAUUGGGUACAUCUCCAGACAGCGAUGCUUCAUAUUCAUCGUCUGCAGCCAUGCCACCAUCUUCGCAACAUCAAUUCAGUGGUACUACCACUGCAACCCCAUCUGCUGCCACUACUGCUGUUCCAUCAUUCAGCAACCUUCAUGAAUAUUUCCAACAAAAGGGCAACAACAGCAGUGGACACAGGUUAUUCAAUGGCAAUUCGUCAUCAUCAACUUCACUUUCUUCGUUAAAUAGUAAGAUUAGAUCGUCCAAUUCAUCAACAAACUUGUCUAAUCUUUCCAGCUUGACGAGAAUGACACCAUUGAAAUUCCCAACUAGUGCAACAAUGACCAAAUCUCAAAGUCGAUCCAAUUUAAACAUUCCAAAGCAACCUUCAUCAACAUCAUUAAAUUUGGAAUUUUACAAUAAUCCAAAUGGCGGUGGCAGCUCCACUGGAUUGAACCAUGUGUCUAAGAAAUCAAGACCAAAUUCACCAGUGCUUUUAUCAACCACUACGCCCAAUCAUCCAUCGUCAGUUCAUUUGAGUGGUGCUAAUGCCCGUAAAUUCAACUCGAGUUUUAUAAUAUCACCCAGUGAGACUCCAUUACAAACACCUAGUCAAUCACCCCAACUACAUGCAGAGGAAGAACAAGAAGGCUCGGUUGAUGUUUCACAACCCAGUCAGUUUUCAUUACAAGAUAAUACCAACAAAAGUGAUAAUGGUGAAGAAUCAAAAAAGAUACCUCAAGUUGAUGCAUCAAUUCUGAAAUCGGAUGAUAGUAUAGCUACUACUGGUACACAAUUACCUCCUAUCAGGUCAGUCUUGAGUUUUACUUCUUUGAAAAAUAUGCCUAAAGCUACUAGCAGCAAUGAGACUACUGAUAGGGGGGAUGAAGGUAACUCAAGUCAAGAGUCUGUUGUAACGGAGAAAUUGACAAACAAUGCAAAUAACAAUAUGGCUACUACGGCGAUGAGUGUCAGUAAUUUGUUGAGCUAG